CAGAGGGCAAGGCCCUGGUUUAUAAAAGUACUUGAGACCUGGGUAGUGUUACCCGUCGUCACGCGAAAUCGAGAUCUCUCCGGGUUAGGUUCGGAAUUUCAUUUCGCUCAACUCAUUCGUCGGCCCUAUCCGAUACCGGGCCGCCGCCUUUCGGAGGAAGUCAGCGAAACGGCCUCCACUGCACUCCAACCAGGCAGCUGCCAAGUCGAUUCAAACACAGUCAGACAAAAGCUAUCUCUCCCGCUGCGAGCGCCGACUGCAUUCUGCUGGGCUGCCAGUCCACUAGAGGGAGAAAGCCGGAGGGUACUUGAGGAUUUUCCUGCUCACUACACUGUAUUAGCUCUCGGCACGCUCUGACGUUUGCGCUCUUAAAAACUCGCGCCUGACUAGAGGAGAGAUCUGUGGGUUCGAUUUGUGAAGCGCCUCCACUUUUAUGUCAUACAUUUUUCAACACAGGCCGUCCGCGCGCUCUACGGGCGUUACGCAUACACAAACCUCGGCACUGUAGCAGGCUUACGUGCUGAUGUGGUUUGGAAAUUUGGCUCGAUCUCGGCAAAAUGUUGUAAUUCAGGGGCCAAGAGAGACACGCUGUUCCUCGGGAGUACGCUGGGGGAAUUUCUGAGCCGUCUUCGGGUGCAGAUCGAAGCGACAGUCACGGGUGGAAACGGGAGAGUGGCGGGAGGCAAAGAAGAAGGGAUGUCGAGACAAACAAGGCUCUACAUCAUGGUAGGACUGGCUUUCACGUUGGGAACGCUGUUCGGGCUGAUGGUACAGCUCCCCACGACAACCAGGGAAGACGGUCGGGCGAGGAGGCACGCCGUCCCCGAGGAAAGAGCGAAGAACAGCCGCUGGAAGAUCGGACAGAGGAAACCCGCCGCCAUCUUCGACUCGGAAACACUCGGGGAGGGAGGGAGCUACGAUGCGCUGAUAGAUAGAGAUGAGAGUGGCCGUAUCUCUGCCGUCAGCGGCGGGGCAACAUGGCACGAACGUCAGGGAGGGGACAAAUCACGGCUACCUGUUGAUCCUCGCCGUUCGGGAGGGGGUCACGCGGGGCAACUUAACCCUGUGGCCGAGAAAUUACAGGACCUUAAUCGGCCUGUUGCGUCGGAUCGAACAGGGGCGGGCAUCGGGGGAAACGCGACCGGUAAAUCACGACUGUCAGUCCGGGCGGGGUUCAGACAAUGGAGUGGCGUUAACCACACCGUUACGUUCCGAUCGAUCUCGGACAUUGUGCGGAACGGCGUGUUCUGGAGCAGGCAGGUGGAGGCGGUGACGCCGCCGGGAUGGGACGGCACCGCCGCCGAGGACUGGAUGAGACGCGCCCGGUUGUCCCGCGUCGUGGCCGUACAGGAGGGUUGUGGGCGCAUGCUCAACAGAUUGCUGAGUCUAGAAGACGGUUCUCUGAGCUGCGCACGAUACCGUCAAAACACGGACCAAAUACAAGGAGAAGUGUUCUCCUAUUACCUCAGCCGUGUGCUUGAAAUCCCGAACGUGCCUCCGUGUGUUCUCAGCACGGUCAAUACCAACUCACACCAGUGGGCGGAGGUGUCUCACGACGUCCACCUGUCCCAGUGGAACGAGGGGAAGCUGGUCAUCCUCUCUCGGUGGGCGGACCACCUCAUCCCAGCCUACAUCCCCCGCAAGCUCCGGUACGACGACCGGCGCCUUCACCCCGUUCCCGAGGACCUGGAGGGUCUGUCUGCGGCCGAGCUGGGCGAACUGGCGCAGUGGUCAGACCUCAUCGUGUUCGAUUACCUAACAGCAAACUUUGACCGCGUGGCCAACAACAUGUUCAAUCGUCAGUGGAACUCACAGAUCAUGGAUUCCCCCGUCCACAACUUGGAGAAAUCUGCUACAGACGGUUCUCUGGUGUUCUUCGACAACGAGAGCGGCUUACUCCACAGCUACCGACUCCUAGACAAGUACGCACACUUCCACGACUCGCUCCUCAAGUCACUGUGCGUCUUCAGAAAAAGGACCGCUCACAUCAUAGAGAGUUUGCACAAAAAGAAAGACGUCGGGGACCUCCUCUUGAAGGAAUUCAAGGCGAACGAACCCCUCCAAAGAUGGCUGCCUUUUCUGCCUGACGCGAAUCUCAGGACGUUGAAUGAGAGGAUUGAUUCAGUGUACGAACAGAUACACAAGUGUCGGAAGACAUAUCACGUGGAAGGAAGAUAGGAGAGGACCUGUUGCUUUCGGGUUCACAGAGAAGAACACAAAAAUGUUGCUUUGUGCAAAAUAGUUAUACUUGUUGUCAUACUGCAAGCUUUCAAGGAGGAAUCAACAAGACUUGUAUACCAGGUAAGGGUUUGAAAACAGUGCUCUUAGCUUUAACAUAUCGUCUAGUGCCCUUUGCGUAUAUCAUGAGAAUAUAGUGAACUGUAGAAGUGGACUCUAAUUUUGUAACAGAUCUGUUUUGUAUAUUAACUAUGUCAACGGCAAUGGAAAAUAUUGUGAUUUUGGGAAAGUGUAACGUGGCAUCCGGUGGGUUGGUUGAGCCUCUCACAAAAUUAGCCGCCAAAGCAGGCUUCGGAUAGACUAUCUUAAUGUUGCCUUUUUGUUUAUCUGAAAUCUGUUGAUUACUUACUGCUUUCUGAAUAUUGUCAUCUUAAG